AGGUUUGUUUAUUUGAUAUCUUUAUUUAUUUUUAUAUCUCUUAUGUUUUUGUGAAAUACCAAUCAUCACAUCAAGGGGAAGGACGAACUAAGGACGAAGAGGAAGAAGACCAGAGGACUGAGAGCAAACCGAGAGAACCAGAGGACGAACGGAGAGAACGAAAAGAACAGAGAAAACCCACGAACAGAACACAACAGGGGAACGAAACACACAGAGCACACCAGGAGGAACGAACUGAGGACGAACUGGGGAAAAAUAAAGCAGGGGAAAAACAAGCAAACGCAGAGAGGACGAACGAACGAAAAAAACCCAGGAAAAACAGAGACGACCGGCCACAGGAGAACGAAACACACGCAGAACAGGGGACGGACAGGAAGAAACCGAUCAGAGAAAAGCAAGAACAGAGGUGAAAGCAGAGGAAGAAAGUAACUAGUCGAACAGUCCUCCAUCACGUCUUCAUCUCCAGAACUAGCAGCAAAGUUAAGUCACUCAAGAAGAGAUGGAGCACUCAAUCGACAUUAUACAAUCUUCCAGCACGUUGCAACCUCUCUAUGCAAUUAAAAAUAGAUAUGCCGAGACCAGUACAUGAGGAGCUUGAACGAUGGAAGGCAGUUAAAUUCCCAGUUCCGAAAGACCAUGGUUUUUCUGAGCCAAAUAAAAUACUGCAGAAGGAGUUUUAUACCUAUGCAAAGGAAGACAACUUCAAUGCCUUGUUUCGUCUCUUGUCCGAUAAACUGGAACAUGUUUCAUCAGAGGAAGUGCUCAAUGUCAUUUUCAAACAUGUUGCUGCCUCUGGAAAUUCACUGCUUCAUGUGGCAGCAAGCCAUGGAAGCGAAGGUGUGACACAGCUACUGUGUCAUCACUUCCCCCUCCUAAUCACCAGGAAAAAUUUCCUGGGUGAUAAUGCGCUUCAUCUGGCUGCCAGGGCUGGACGGUUUGACACAAUUCAAAAUCUCGUCUAGCAUGUGAAAAUUCAUCAUAGAACACUUGAACUUGCUAGCUUGCUGAGGAUGAAGAAUAAUAAAGGAAACACCCCUUUGCAUGAUGCAGUCAUCAAGGGUUGCCGAGAGGUGGCCUGUUUCCUCGUUUAUGAAGACCUAGAAGUUUCCUACCACAAGAACAAGGAACACAAGUCUCCCUUGUACUUGGCAGUAGAGAGCUGCGACGAGGAGAUGAUUGCUUCUGUUAUAGAAGCUAUGCCGGAAGGAAAUUUAGAAAAACUAGCGGACGGCAAGCCGGAUAUAAUGCUUCCCGAGGACAAAAAAGGGGGAAAUCUCCUUCAUCUUGCAGCAUCCAUGGGCUUCCUUUUUGGAGCAAGACUCCUGGUUAGUCGAUGUCCUGUUGCCGCAUCACAAAGAAACGAAGCAGGCAACUUACCCAUCCAUGUUGCAUGCCAGAAGGGCCAUCUUGAAGUAGUACGCGAACUACUUAUUUAUUGGUUCGAUCCAAUGGAUUUUCUCAACGAAAAUGGACAGAAUAUUCUUCAUGUUGCAGCGGAGAGUGAACAGAGGAAAAUAGUGGAUGAAAUAUUGAGAAAUGGAGAUCUGGAAGCACUUACAAAUGAGAAAGAUUACGAUGGAAAUACACCUUUGCACUUGGCUGCAAUGUAUGGCCGUCCUGAGAUAGUGCAGGCACUAGUGAGUGACAAGCGGGUGGAUAAAAGGAUUGUUAAUAAUGAAAAGUUGAAACCAUCUGGUGUUGUUGCGAAAUUAUUGCAAGGCGGACGCUUUGAAGCACCAAAUUCAGAUGGAAUGAACAAGCUAAUCGAUACCAAGCAUGAGGAUGAUGCUGCGAGAGGCGUAUGGAACAAAUCGCAGGACGUAGAAGUUCGCAAAAUGCGUGAGGUAUUAAAAGUUUUGGUGGAGGCAGGUGAUAAGACUGAGUUUGACAUCAAUCUUAACUUUGAUUUAACGACGUUAACGACGGAGGAACGGAACAGAGGGGUAGGGAAUCUUCUCGUGGUGGCAGUACUGGUAGCUGGAGUAACCUUCGCUGGUGCUAUCACUGUGCCUGGAUCAGGUUCUGAUCUUACCAGUGAUAGUUCAAAAAAUCUGAUGAGAGCUUAUAUUUUUUUUGACAUGCUAGCUAUGAAUUUCACCCUCAUCGCCGCUAUAAUCCUUUGUCAGAUGUCAUUAGGUCGUACCAGUUAUGUAACAUCAAGCAUGGAGGUAGCGACAUCUCUUAAUUUUUACUCCCUUCUCUGCAUGGGUUUAGCAUAUACAUUCAUCCUAGCAAUCACGGUGCAAGAACGUACUGGAUUUUUCAUAACCAUCAUCACAUUACAAGCCUAUCUUUUUUUUACCCAAUUAGUUUGUUCCUAUGGAUUGAUUCUUUCAACUGCAAAUUCAGUAUUGUCUUUCCUGCGUGCAAAUCCCUUUAAAUUCAUGGCUCGAAUGGAAAGAAGGGUGGAUGUACGGACUUCUCUUAUGGGUAGAGAAUACGAUCACAUCCAGUUCAAACUGUAUAGCUUGCAAACGGGAGGGCAUUUUAUCUUGUAUUUAAAUCUCUUGUAAUUAAUUUGUAUCUCUUGUAACAAAUAGAUAAGCUCUUUCUCUUCUCUCC